UCGAUCUGACCUGCAGUUGGAUGAACAAUCGGAGCAAACAUGCCGCUCAAGGAGGCUCUCCAGCAAUCUAUUCAUCAAGUUCGGCCGAUGCUGUCCGCUGAUCACCAGGAGGCCCGCCGCAAAGUCAUCAGCCUGUACAAAUCGUGGUAUCGGCAGAUUCCGCUGGUGAUGCACGAGUACGAUAUACCCAAGUCCUUCGAACAGUGUCGAUCAAAAUUGCGUGAAAAGUUUCUCAAACACCAAGCUGUCAGCGAUGUAAGAGUGAUCGAUAUGCUAGUUGUGAAGGGUCAAAUGGAACUGAAAGAGGUAACUGCCAGAUGGAAGCUGAAAGGUCACGUCAUGAGGUAUUGGAACGAGUCGCAGGAGCCGAAACCGACGGAUUUUCUUUCAAAAUUCUACCAAGGGCACGACUGAAAUCGAAUACUGAUGUGUUCUUGCUGCCAAGUUAUAACAAAUUCUCAAAUAAACUGUUUUUUAUUCAU